AUGACGGCCGACACCCUCCCCAAAUGGCUCGCCCUGCCCGCCUCUCGCCGACGAUGCUCCUACCUCUUCGCCAUCUUCGUCAUCCUGGUCGUGGUCUACGAGUUCCGCACGCUUCUCCUCCCCCCAGUCGUCUAUCCGCUCUACGAGAGCGACGAAAGCCCCAAACUCGCCCGGUCCCUCUCGGCACGAGAUCUUCUCUCCCGCCCGAUCUCCCACGACCUCAAGACCCUCCCCAAACUCAUCCAUCAGACAUGGUUCCCGGCCGGCAGCAACAUGUCCGAGCGCGCCCAGGUCUGGGUUGAGACCAUGCGCGCCCAGAACCCCGACUGGGAAUACGUGCUCUGGGACGACGAGACCGAUCGCAUGAUCGUCGAGCAGCAUUUCCCGUGGUUCCUGGAGACCUACGAUAAGCUGCCGCAGGAGAUUCUGCGCGCUGAUGUCGCGCGCAACUUUUACAUGUAUCUGAUUGGAGGAAUGUACGCAGACGUCGACACGGAGGCCCUCCGCCCCGUCGAACCUCUCUUCCUAUCCCACGACACUCCGCUGCUCGCCCACCGGUCCUCCCUCUCCCAAGCACCGCCUUCCCCCCUCCCCAACCACCCGCAAACCCAGCGCGCCUUUCUCGGCCGCAUGUCCCGCAGCCCCGACCUGAAUAGCAACGCCGCCGUCCCCAACGGCUGGAUGGCCUCUUCGCCCGGCCACCCCUUCUGGCUGCUCCCUGCGCUGCACGUGCUCGAGCGCGCCGAAAGCGGCGGCGACGGGUCCGUCGAGGAUCUGACCGGCCCGGGGGCCCUGCAGCGCAUGGGGAAUGAUGGGUGGAGUGUUGUAUUGGGCAUGCUGUCGUGGGUGUUCUGGUCGAAUCUCACUAUUCUGUUUAAUAAGUGGGUGAUCAGCUCGACUGAAUUCCCUGUCAUCCUCACAACAUGGCAUCUCGUCUUCGCUACCCUGGUCACCCAGAUCAUGGCAUAUACCACCACGCUGCUGGACGCGCGCAAAACCGUCGAAAUGACCCCGCGGGUCUACAUGCGCGCCAUCGUCCCCAUCGGCCUGCUCUACAGCGGCAGUCUGGUCUGCAGCAACGUCGUCUACCUGUACCUCAACGUAUCAUUUGUGCAAAUGAUCAAGGCCGCCGGACCCGUCAUCACCCUCCUAACCAGCUGGCUCUGGGGCGUCGCGACCCCCUCGCUCUCCGUGCUGCUUAACAUCCUCGUCAUCGCCGCCUCCGUCGGGCUCGCCGUCGCCGGCGAGAUCCAGUUCUCGCUCCUCGGCCUGCUCUUCCAACUCGCCAGCCUCGUCUUCGACGCCAACCGCCUCGUCAUGAUCCAGAUCCUGCUCUCGGAUGAGGGCCAGCGCAUGGACCCCCUCGUCAGCCUGUACUACUCCGCCCCUGUCUGCGCGGUCAUGAACUUCCUCGUCGCCUGGCGCACAGAGUGGCCUGGUUUUCAGCUCGCUGAGAUCUCGCGGAAUACGUGCGCUGCGUUGGUCUUGAAUGCGGCGGUGGGGUUUAUGUUGAAUGUGUCGAUUUUUGUCCUGAUUGGGAAAACGUCCGGCUUGACCAUGACGCUGGUUAGUAUUCCGAAGAAUAUUCUGCUGAUUUUCGCCUCCGUGGUCAUUUGGCAUACGCAAAUCGGGGGGCUGCAGGUCUUCGGGUAUACGAUUGCGUUGUUGGCGCUGGUGUAUUAUUCGCUGGGGUGGGAGAAGUUGAAGGGGCUGUGGGAGGAUGGAAGGGGGUGGGUUCGGGGGUCGAAGGGGUAUGAUGCUGUGGAACAGGAUCGGGUUUGA